ACAUCAUAUUUUCCUCUGUUUCGUGAUAACGCCAGCAUUUCCCCCGUCUCCCGGCCAUAUGUCGCCUCGUCGCUUCUAUCAGCGCCAUACAUCAGCAUGUGAGACGUAUCGGACGCAGUAGUCACAAUGAAGUUCACCAUCCUAGAAGUUGGAUUUCUUCUCGUGCUGGUGAGUUGGGCGGCCGCGUGCAGCAAUGAGGAGGCGGCCUUCUGUCCACACAUCAGCAGCCUCAUCUUCUCCAAGUUGACGUUUGUUGACCCGGGCAACAUUGACGCCGAAUGCAGCAAAUACAGUGAGCUGUUUACUUGUGCAAGGCAGCAUCUGGGUAACUGUAGUCAGAAAAGUCGACUGACGUGGCAGCCAAUCGCAAUGCAGAUUAACGACAUAUGUAACGAAUCAAAAGAAGCCUACGUGAAGACAGGCAGCUGUUGGAGUGAGCAAGAAAUCAACAUGGAGGUCGAUUUGUGCAACGACGACGUGAAGCGUGUAGACGGAUCCAAGAUGGAGAUGUGCAGAGCCCUGGACGAAUUCGUCACGUGUUGUCGGGUCGCUGCCAAGACGCUGUGUGGAGCAGAGGCAGAAACGGUGAUGCACAACUUGGCCACGACCUACGUCUCCAUGAGCAAAGGGGCCGUAUGUGCAACAACACAGUCACCUUCAUCAACAUCAACAACCGCAACAACAACGACAACAACGGCAACAACAACAAUAACAACAAUAACAGAAGCUCAAGAUGAGGCCUUGAUUAGCGACACGACUGAGGCCACGGUCAGCUUGUCGACAAUAAUGAAGUCAGACACCGCCCUUAGGGAAGCACACUCCGGAUGUCGCACGAGUUUUGAUUGUAAAAUUUUGUCCAUGAUAGUUUGUGUCCUCGCCAUUCUCAUCCAGCCCGGGUUUCCAUAAACUGACGCCAACUGGGGUAGAGGCAUAACCGGACAUGUAACACAAAUCAGUAAUCAGGUGCUAGGUGUGUUUGUAUAAAGUAAUCAGGUGCUAGGUAUGUUUGUAAUCAGUAAUCAGGUGCUAGGUAUGUUUGUAUGAAAGAAUCAGGUGCUAGGUAUGUUUGUAAUCAGUAAUCAGGUGCUAGGUAUGUUUGUAAUCAGUAAUCAGGUGCUAGGUAUGUUUGUAAACAGUAAUCAGGUGCUAGGUAUGUUUGUAAUCAGUAAUCAGGUGCUAGAUAUGAUUGUAAUCAGUAAUCGGGUGCUAGGUAUGUUUGUAUAAAAUAAUCAGCAGCUAGGUAUGUUUGUAUAAAGUAAUGUUCUGUAAUGGUACACUGGUACAAUGGACGCUGUGGUGAGAUAUGUAUAAUGUGAAAUUAUUCGGGGUGUUUUAAAGUUUUAAAUCAAGUUGCAUUUUGUUUAAAAUAAGAAAUUGCAAAGUUUCUUUGUGAGCUGACGGAGCGUCAGACAAGUUCUAUUUCUGGAUGUAAUAUCGCUGACUUGCUAUAUGUCCAGCUAAACAUCAAACUUGCGAUACAAUCAACUGAUAUUUGAUUUUUCUUGCUUCUGAGUUUGUGUCUACAUACGUAAUAUGUUUCACAGAAUUCAACAUAUAGGGCUAUUGUUUACAAGUAUACUUGUGGGGACCAUGGGACCAUUCAAUAUAUAGGGCUGUUGUUUACAAGUAUACUUGGGGACCAGGGGACCAUUCAACAUAUAGGGCUAUUGUUUACAAGUAUACUUGGGGACCAGGGGACCAUUCAAUAUAUUGGGCUAUUGUUUACAAGUAUACUUUGGGACCAGGGGACCAUUCAGUAUAUAGGGUUAUUGUUUACAAGUAUACUUGGGGACCAGGGGACCAUUCAAUAUAUUGGGCUAUUGUUUACAAGUAUACUUGGGGACCAGGGGACCAUUCAAUAUAUUGGGCUAUUGUUUACAAGUAUACUUGGGGAUCAGGGGACCAUUCAGUAUAUUGGGCUAUUGUUUACAAGUAUACUUGGGGAUCAGGGGACCAUUCAAUAUAUUGGGCUAUUGUUUACAAGUUUACUUGUGGGGACCAUGGGACCAUUCAAUAUAUAGGGCUUUGUUUACAAGUAUACUUGGGGACCAGGGGACCAUUCAACAUAUAGGGCUAUUGUUUACAAGUAUACUUGGGGACCAGGGGACCAUUCAAUAUAUUGGGCUAUUGUUUACAAGUAUACUUUGGGACCAGGGGACCAUUCAGUAUAUAGGGUUAUUGUUUACAAGCAUACUUGGGGACCAGGGGACCAUUCAAUAUAUUGGGCUAUUGUUUACAAGUAUACUUGGGGACCAGGGGACCAUUCAACAUAUAGGGCUAUUGUUUACAAGUAUACUUGGGGACCAGGGGACCAUUCAAUAUAUUGGGCUAUUGUUUACAAGUAUACUUUGGGGACCAGGGGACCAUUCAACAUAUAGGGCUAUUGUUUACAAGUAUACUUGGGGACCAGGGGACCAUUCAAUAUAUUGGGCUAUUGUUUACAAGUAUACUUGGGGAUCAGGGACCAUUCAA